AUGACAGCUUUCGUCGAGGCUCAUGGAACAGGGACUCGUGUCGGCGACAAUGUGGAGGCAGCUGCUAUAGAUAUAUUUUUUGGUACUUCUCGUCAAAAACUUCCAUACAGUAAACCCGUACUCGUUGGUUCGAUCAAAUCCAUCGUUGGACACAGCGAAAUUGCAAGUGGUCUUGUCGGUCUGGUGAAAAUAAUCAUGAUGAUGGAGACAGGCUUAAUGAUUCCAAAUUGGAAUUUUAAAACUCAUUCGAAGGAGCAUCAUGGUUUCAUAGAGAAUCGUAUGAAACUCGCCACGGAAACGCAACCAUUACCAGACGGUUACGUAAGCAUCAGCUCUUUUGGCUUGGGUGGUGCUUGCGCUCAUGCAAUAUUAAUUGCUAAUCCGAAGAAGAAACUCGAUGAAUCACAUAUUGACAAUUUACCCCGACUAGUAUUCGCUUCUGGGGUAACUGAAGAUUCUGUGCAAUUUUUCUUGAAACAGUUGGAAAUUCAACCGAUCGAUCACGAUCAAAUUCGUUUGCUUCAUCAGAUUUAUUCUCGAAAUAUUCAUAACCAUUAUUUUAGAGGUUUUACAAUCUUACCAACAACUGGAAUUGGCCAUAAUUCCAAGAUCACGACCCAAAAAUACGUGGAUUCCAAAAAAAAAAUAUGCUUUGUAUUUUCUGGAAUGGGAUCUCAGUUUCGUGGAAUGGGAUCACAAUUAUUGCGCAUACCAACUUUUAGAGAGUCCAUGGCAAAAAUUCACGAAGUUUUAAAAACAAAAAAUGUUGACAUUUUUGAAAUUCUCACUAAAGACCAUUUCAAUGACGUUAUGAAUUCUUUUCUGGGCAUUACAUCUAUUCAGAUCGGCUUAGUUGACUUAUUUGAGGCAAUUGGAAUAGAACCUAAUUACAUAAUUGGUCUCUCGAUGGGAGAAAUAGGAUGUGCAUACGCCGAUGGAGCCCUCAGUCUCGAACAAGCUAUUCUGUCUGCUUACGCUCGCGGAAAAGCCUCUUUAGAUACGAAAUUUCCAACUAAAGGAGCUAUGGCUGUAGUACAUCUUGAAUUCGAAAAAUUGGCUGUUAUGUUACCCCCGGAUAUCGACGUAGCUUGCUAUAAUUCACCUGAAAAUACCACUAUAUCUGGACCAUCUGAAUCAGUAAUGGUAUUUUGCAAAGAAUUAGGGUCUCGUGGUGUCAAAGUUUCAGAAUUAAAUGGUGUCAACAACAUCGCUUAUCACAGCAGAUACGUUUAUCCAAUCGAGGAUAAAUUGUUCGAAUUCAUGCGCAGUUUUAUAACCGAACCAAGAGUACGAAGUGAGAAAUGGUGGAGUUCAGCCAUUCCGAAAGAAAAAUGGGAUACGAAACUCGCUCGAACAGCUUCAGCUGAGUAUUUUACUCAAAACUGUUUGAGUCCCGUACUAUUUAAGCAAACUGCAAGUUUGAUUCCAGAUAAUACUUAUGUGAUAGAAAUUGCACCCAGAGCCUUCAUGAGCAGCAUCUUGAAAGAAGCAAUGAAGCCAAAUGUUACUAUUUUAGGUUUGCAACGUGGUUCGGAUUCGGAAAGUACUUUGGAAUCAUUUUUAAGUCUUGUGGGAAAACUUUUUAAUGAAGGAUUUCAGCCUUGCAUAGCCAACAUAUAUCCAAAUGGUUAUUUCCCUGUGAGUCGUUCAACUAGAAUGAUUGCUCCACUCAUAAAGUGGGAUCACUCCGAAACCUGGGUAACUCCAUCCUGCGAAGAUGUCGAUAGAGCUGAAACGUCCUUUGAAAUCCCAUUCGACAUGAAAAGUGAAAAUUAUCAGUUUUUGAGAGGUCACACACUGCGAGGAAGUGAAUUAUUUCCGGCUACUUUUUAUAUUGGCUUAGUUUGGUACGCCAUGGGUAGGAAGUAUGGCAAGAACCAGCAUGAGUUACCGAUUUCAUUGAAAAAUGUUACAUUGAAACGUGCGACAAAAAUACCAGUUGAUGAAAAAAUCACAUUUUUCGUUAAUUUGACACAAGGUUCUGGAGCAUUUGAAAUUGUGGAAAGCAAUGCCACUGUAGCAAGUGGCUUUGUAGAAAUUCUUUCGUCACUGAAUCACAAAGAAAAUCCUUUGAAUAAGGCCAUAACACAAAACGAAUCGUCCAUAAUUUUAAACGGUCAAGAAUUUUACAAAGAAGUAUCGAUUCGAGGUUACGAGUACAAAGAUCCAUUCCGCGGAGUGAAAAGCUACAACCCGAUUGAUGGCUGGGCCAAAAUUCUUUGGGAUGGCAAUUGGAUUGCAUUCAUGGACUGUGUCAUGCAACUGAUUAUGAUGAAAAUGAACAGAGAAUUUUUAAUACCCACUAGAAUAAAAAAUUUUACCAUUGAUCCAAAAGCUCAAGGAAAAGCAGUCAGACGGCUUUCUGAUUCUCAAGGUCUAAUUGAAUUACCAGCUUACUUGAGCGAAUUUGAGAAUAGUGUCUACUGUGGCGGGGUAAGCAUUUCGAACAUAGAACUUCAGUCGAUGUAUUUGAAAGAUAACUCGACGCCUCCACUCCUGGAGAAAUAUUGCUUCUUACCUUAUGGUGACGUUGAUCGAGCGGAUUUCAAUGAAGUGGCUAGACUCGCGAUUGAUUUGACAUUGAAAAAUAACCAGCCACGUAAAAUUUAUAUUAUGGAAUACAUCGAUUGCACCGAAUUGUUACCGCAAACCGAUAUUAUCAUGACCCCACGGAUGGAAACUAUUUUGAGGGAUAACAACGUCAACAGUCAAUUGUUCUUUUAUAACGAUCGAUCGGAUUUGGUGUCUACUUUUAAUCUUCCAAGAAAUGUUGAAAUCUUGGAACCAAAUGCGAUCAAUCGUCCACAAUGCGAUUUGGUCGUUGGUUAUCAAUUGUUGGAACCAAAUCGGCAUAAGACUUUGGAAAAUUUACUGCUCAACGUUACUGAACGUGGAUUCAUCUUGACGUAUGAAAAAAGGGACAAUUAUAUCGAUGUCAAAGCUCCCGCAAAGAAAAUGGAAAAUCUGAAGGUCAUUGCUGAAAAAACAUUCAGCAUAUUUCGACUGGUUCUCUUAAGAAAAAUUGAUCCAGUUAAAAAACACUUUGACGUUAUAUAUGUCGAUAAUAAUCAAUUCAAAUGGAUCGCUCAACUCAAAACGCUAUUAAACUCGUAUCCGAACGAACCACAAUUCAAUGAUCGCAGAAUUUUAUUGGUUGGUCAAAACGAUCUGGACAAUGGAUUGCAAGGUUUAAUUAAUUGCCUGAUACAAGAAUACGGUACUUCGUAUAUCAGAGGAAUUUUAAUACAAGACAACGAUACUCGUCCAUUUUCCCUUGAUGAUCCCACGUACUCGGAACAGAUUCGCAAUGAUUUGGUCGACAACGUUUUGCGGAAGGAUGGCAUUUGGGGUUUCUACAGUCACAGAUUUUUGCCAGAUUUGGAGCCGAAACUUUGCCAUCAUGCCAUUAUCAAACCCUCAAGCGACAAGGAUCUCAGCUCGUUCCAAUGGACCGAGGGGACUAUCAAAGAAGACAAAAAAAAUGUCAUAAGCGUCUGCUACGCAGCGAUCAAUUUCAAGGACAUAAUGACCAGCAGCGGCAGACUUCAGAAAACCGACGUGGGAAAAGAUUGCCUGCACAGCGAACUGCCCUUCGGCAUGGAAAUCAGCGGCAUUAAUCACGAAGGAAAGCGAGUCAUGGGCGUGGUGAACGGCGACGGUUUCUCGAAUUUCUGCGAGAACAACGGCCGGACUUUCGACGUUCCCGAGGACUGGUCAUUGGCGGAGGCGGCCACCGUACCCUGGGCCUACAUCACUGCCUACUGGGCACUGCAUCACUUGGGCCGAGUCAAAGCCGGGGACAAGGUGCUGAUCCACGCCGGAGCUGGGGCAGUCGGUCAGGCGGCCAUCCGUCUGGCGCUGCACGCGGGCUGCGAGGUCUUCACCACCGUGGGCUCGGCGGCGAAGCGACGCUUCAUGCGCCAACUCUUCCCGAUGAUUGACGAGGACCACAUCGGGCCGUCGCGCUCGACCGGCUUCAAGUCGAUGAUCGUGCAGGCGACCAAGGGACGCGGAGUCGAUCUGCUCGUGAACUGCCUGGCCGGCGAUAAGUUCGCGGCCUCGCUCGAGUGCAUGGCGCCCAACGGCCGCUUCAUCGAGAUCGGCAUGUCUGACAUACAGUCGGAUUAUCAGAUCGGUAUGAGCAACUUCGCUCGCGGCGUCAGCUUUCAAACCUUCGACGCGACCAAGAUCUUCGUCGACGACGAGCUGCAUCGGACGAUGCGUGGUUACCUGGAGAACGGCAUUAAAAAUUCCGUGGUGAAACCCAUCAACUACAAGAUCUUCGAGAAAAACGAGAUGGAGAAAGCCGCGUGCUUGAUGGCUCACGGUGGACACAUCGGCAAGCUCUUGAUCAGAAUUCGCGACGAGGAGAGUGGAAUGAACGAAAAGAUGCUGGCCAUGCCGAGAUACCAUUGCUAUCCAGAGCGCAGUUACGUGAUCAUCGGUGGACUUGGUGGAUUUGGCCUGGAACUAGCUCACUGGCUCGUUUUACGAGGAGCUCGAAAUAUCGUGCUCGUCUCGAGGAGCGGCAUUAAAACGGGCUACCAGCAAACGAGGAUCAAAUUGUGGAAGGACAACGGCAUCGACGUCCUCGUGAUACGCGGCAAAGACUUGAGCAAACAGGAGGACUGCGCGAAGAUCUUGAGCAGCGCCAAUCUAAUGGGCCCCGUCGACGCCAUAUUCAACUCUGCCGUUGUCCUGAAGGACGCGUUGUUCGAGCAUCAGAGUCCGGAAACGUUCGAGGACGUGCUCCAGUGCAAAGCCCGGGCUACCGAGCACUUCGAUCGCCAGAGCAGAUCCGCUUGUCCGAAGCUGAGGCACUUCGUCGUCUUUUCAUCGGUAACGAGUGGCAAGGGUAACGUCGGUCAAACGAAUUACGCCAUGGCCAAUUCGAUCAUGGAACGUAUAUGCGAGAGACGCCAACAAGAUGGUCUACCGGGCUUAGCCGUACAAUGGGGUCCCGUCAGAGAUGUCGGUGUUGUAGCCGAUAUGGACGACGUCGCGCAAUCGCAACUCAAAAAUCUCGGACUCGACCUGCAGAACAUUAACUCGUGUCUGGAUGCCCUCGAAAAAUUUUUACUGCAAAGCAACCCGAUAGUCUCGAGCUUGGUAUUGCUGGGAAAAACGAACGAUGCCGACAAAGAGAAGAAGGUCGACGUAUUCGAGGAAAUUUGCAACGUCAUGAAUUUCAAGAAUUUGGAUAAGAUCGAUCCAGACGCGACGUUCUUGAGCUUGGGUAUCGAUUCUAUUAUGGUGACGGAAGUUGGAAAUAUCUUGGAGCGACGGGUCAAUACUUUCUUUACUAGCAAAGACAUAAGAGACAUGACCUUUAAUAAGUUGAGAGAGAUCAAUAAUAAUAUAAUCAUACGCUGAUUAUUGUUUUUUUCAAUUGUUUAGGGGAGUAUUGCACCAUUUUUUGAUUUUUGUAUUUCCUGAAAAAUGAUCAGGAAUUUUAUAAAUGAACACUUUUGUUUAAGAUAUACUACUUUUUAAAUUUCCAAGAGUGUAUAAAAAGAGCUUUUAAGUUUCAAAACCUCCCUAAUAAACAG